CCGGAAGUUCUUCUGUUAACUCCUGCGCGUGUGCGUUGUGCAGCUUGUUUAACAAAGUUCAUAAAUGUGCACCUCCCUGUCUGUCCUUGGAUCCUGGGUUAAAUAGAGAGCGAUGGCCGGGCCGGAGCUCCUGCUGGACUCCAGCAUUCGGAUGUGGGUGGUCCUGCCCAUCGUGUUCGUCACCUUCUUUGUUGGGGUCAUCCGACACUACGUCACCCAGCUGCUCCACAGCGACAAGAAAGUCAACCUGGAGCAGGUCUCUGACAGCCAGGUGCUCAUGCGCAGCCGCAUCCUCAGAGAGAAUGGAAAGUACAUUCCCCGACAGUCCUUCGCCAUGAGGAAACAUUAUUUCAACGACGUCGAGACCGGCUUCUUCAAGAAGGUCAAGAGGAAGGUCGUCCCCAAGAACCCCAUGACAGACUCGAGCAUGAUGGUAGACAUGAUGAAGGGAAACCUGACCAACGUCCUGCCCAUGAUUGUGAUUGGUGGAUGGAUCAACUGGGCUUUCUCUGGAUUCGUCAUUACUAAGGUGCCGUUCCCGUUAACGCUGAGGUUCAAGCCGAUGUUGCAGAGAGGGAUCGACCUGCUGUCGCUGGACGCCUCCUGGGUGAGCUCGGCGUCCUGGUACUUCCUGAACGUGUUCGGGCUAAGGAGCAUGUACAGCCUGAUUCUGGGUCAGGAUAACGCUGCUGACCAGUCCCGGAUCAUGCAGGACCAGAUGACAGGCGCUGCCAUGGCGAUGCCCCCUGACCCCAACAAGGCCUUCAAGAGCGAGUGGGAGGCACUGGAGAUCGUGGAACAUAAGUGGGCACUGGAGAACGUGGAGGAGGAGCUGAUGUCCAAAGACCUAAACUUUGGGGGCUUCUUCAGCCAGGACAUCAAGUCUGCCGUAUUCUAGGACCGCGAGGACGCGCUGGAAUCCCGGGGGUGUUCCUGAAACGCCCUGCUCUCCCCUCAGUCUGUCCUGAAGGCUCCGGGACAGUUUUCACAACAUGGAUUUAAAAAGAGAGAAUUAUUUUUAUGGAGCUGCCUCUGAAAUCGUCUCUUUGCUGCCUCGGGCGCUUCGCUCACUCUCAGCUUUUGUACGUUUCCUGGAGUUCCAGCCUGGAUCUUCCCUGGGUUGUUGUUAAUUUAUAUUUGAGAAAAAUCUAAAAGAAAAGAUUUUAUUUGUACUUGAGAUUUUACUUUGAAAUUAUGUUUGUGUCGUGGGUGUUUAAGUUACACAUUUUCACAUCUAAAUUCAGUGAUUCAAGUCCAAAUCCAUUACACAGGAAGGUAGUGACUUAGGACACAGAUCAGAGCUUUAAAAUCCUCCACACCGGCUGGGAUCCGAGACGUUUCUCCAGAGCGACGCUGGAAACUGAAGCAUCGUUUAAACAAAACGGCUGGGACGUUUUCAACAGGAUGAAGCGGACAAAGGCUUCAUGCUGUCGUCCCGCAGGACAUUUUGGAUGUACUCUGUACGCUGUGGUGUGAAGCAUGGAGUGAAAUAAAGGUGCGAUCACAACUAA